UACAUUAUCAUAAGUGCUGGUGGUGGUACUGGUAGUUAAGUUUUACAUUUCACUUGAAGCAGUAGUUAAUGCACGUACGCAUAAGAACGAAAACCUUUAAAUGGUUUAGAAAUUUUUAUUGGUACUAGGCUGUGGUGGGAGAUGGAACAAUUGGAGAAUGGAAUGAAUAUAUUAUUUAACUUUGCGAGUCAGUUGAGACCGAUAUCCCCUAGUCGAUUGUAGUCUCUAGUUGCAACUUUCAAAUUAUUAAAUGUGUCGUGCCACAUAUUUCUAAUUUUUACUUCUUUGUGUUUUGAUAUAUUACGAUAAUUUUAAUUCCAUAGUAAAGAUGGAGCGAAAGUUUUUCAACGUUAUUUUACUCGGUUUCGGGUUCAUGUUUGUUUUUACUGCAUUCCAGACUAUGGGCAAUAUAGAGAAAACCAUACUGGACAGUAUAACACAAGAUGACCCUUCGUUCACUGGUGAUGGGUACACCUCGUUGGCCAUCAUCUACGCCACCCUGGCGAUCUGCAACUGGCUGGCGCCCUCCGUCAUUACCAUCACAGGUCCAAGAGGCGCGAUGUUAAUUGGCGCCUUUACAUAUUUGUUCUUCAUAGUAACAUUCCUGUUCCCGCGCACAUGGCUUCUGUAUGUGGCGAGUGUUCUGAUCGGCGCGGGUGCUGCCGCCAUCUGGACAGGCCAGGGUAACUACCUAACACUCAACAGCGACGCUGACACCAUCUCGAGGAACUCAGGCAUCUUCUGGGCUAUGCUGCAGUGCAGUUUAUUCUUUGGCAAUUUAUUCGUGUUCAUAAAAUUCCAAGGCAAGACUCACAUAGAUUUGGAUACACGUAACGUAGUGUUCGGCGCGCUGACUGCGGUCUGUGCGCUUGGUAUUGUGUUUCUGUUGCUAUUGCGGCCCAUCAGGCGCCCGCAAGUGCUCGAUGAUGUAAAGGUGAAAUUCCAAGAGACUGAUGUUGUGAACCACGAAGAUGACGGCCCUAUGGAGGCUUUCAAGGGUGCUUUGAAGUUAUUCUGCACACGUGACAUGAUGUUCCUUAGCUGUACAUUUAUAUACACUGGUGUGGAGUUGUCUUUCUUCAGCGGUGUGUACAGCCCCAGUAUUGGAUUCACGCUGUCUAUGGGAGAGAACGCUAAACAACUUGUCGGUCUAUCUGGUGUCUUCAUUGGUAUGGGAGAAGUUUUAGGUGGAGCUUUAUUCGGUAUUCUUGGAUCGAAAACAACUCGUUGGGGUCGUGACCCUAUUGUGAUCAUGGGGUACAUCAUCCAUGUCACCAGUUUCUUCCUUAUCUUCAUCAAUUUACCCAACGUAGCACCAUUCGGAGAUACAAUGGAGACUUCAUAUAUCAACCCCUCUCCAUACCUCGCUAUGUUCUGCAGCUUUCUACUAGGAUUCGGCGAUGCGUGUUUCAAUACUCAGAUUUACUCAAUACUUGGAGGAAAUUACUCUGAUAAUAGUACGUCUGCGUUUGCACUGUUCAAGUUUACACAGUCUCUAGCUGCGGCUGCGUGUUUCUUCUACUCAUCAAGAGCCCUGCUGUCAGUACAAUUGGGUGUACUCGCGGUUCUAGCUUCACUGGGCACAGCCGCCUUCUGCCGCGUGGAGUGGGCGGCGAGGUCACGCGCGCGCGCCGCCGCACUUGAAGUCAUUGACGAUAAAGUAAUACCCGAUACACAUUUGGCUGAAAACGCACUACAUUAUGACUGAAUACAAGAUUUUAAGGUUAUGUUAACGGAUAUGAACUAUUGAUCAAUUUAAAAGUCAAUAUUCCCGACCGUCUGUGAAACACUCUAGGAAAGAAUAGUUUGCCGCAUUCGGUCCUUUCAGAGCGGGACGGAGAGCAGUAUUUUUGCAAAUAAAAUUGAGCUUUAUAAUAUUGUGAUAAGGUUUAAUUUAGGUUUUACCUCUUUUUUAUAAACAGAGAGCGUAAAAUCACAUGAAUAGUAAAAUUGAUCCUUAUUUCAAUUGUUUAAAACACAAUUUUGUUUGCGAUAAAAAUCUGCUCUAUUCUCCAUCUUAGUAUACACAAUGUAGGAGAAAAAAAUAUACUCCUGCCAGUCAGAAAAUUAUUCAAUAUUUAAAUGUACUUUAAUGAUUGUUAAAGUGCAAGCAAUUAUAUUAUUGUUAAAAUGAUAAUAUGUAAAAUAUCAAAGAGAUUUUGAAAAUAUUGAAAUUUAUCAUAAAUUGCUUCAUUAUUAAAAAAUCAAAGCAGCGGUGACAAUUCAAACACAUUUUUUUAUCAUUCCAUAAUUUAUGGAUAUCUUAUGUGUGGUAUAUGCAUUGUAAAUGAUAACACUAACCGUGGAUUUCUAAGCCCA